AUGAAGUUAUCACUAUUGAAUUCAUUAUUACUAUUCACUUCAAUUGCUAAUACUAUAAGAAUUGAUAAUUCAGUAGAUUUACAAAAUUCAAUAACUAAAAAUAAAAAAGGUGUUAUAAGUCAUUAUGAAUUUAAUAAAAAUGUCCAAAAUUUAAAUAUUGAUGAAGAUAAAGAUUGUCCCCCAUGCUUUAAUUGUAAUUUACCAAACUUUGAAUGUACACAAUUUUCUCAAUGUAAUACAUUUACUGGAAUGUGUGAAUGUCAAGAUGGUUAUGGACGUAUGGAUUGUUCAGAACCAUUGUGUGGUUCAUUAAGUGAUGGUAAUUUAAAUAGGCCCAUACGUAAAAAGAAUAAAAUAUGUGAUUGUAAAGAUGGCUGGUCAGGUAUAAAUUGUAAUUUAUGUGAAACUGAUGAUGUUUGUGAUAAAUUCAUGCCAGAUGGCGUCAAAGGUACUUGUUAUAAAGAUGGUAUAUUAGUUAAUAAAUUUCAUCAAAUGUGUGAUGUUACAAAUCCAAAAAUUUUAAAGAUUUUAGAUGGUAAAAUUCCACAAGCUACAUUUUCAUGUAAUAAAACUUCACAAAAUUGUAAUUUUCAAUUUUGGAUUGAUGAAGUUGAAAGUUUUUAUUGUGAUUUAAAUAAAUGUGAAUUACAAUAUGAUUUAAAUCAAAAUACUACCCAUUAUAAUUGUGAAACAAUUGGUUGCAAAUGUUUACCAGAUAGAAUGUUAUGUGGUAAAGCUGGUUCAAUUGAUAUAUCUGAGUUUUUAACUGAAACAAUUAAAGGUCCAGGUGAUUUUACAUGUGAUUUAAGUAAAAAUAAGUGUAGAUUUUCAGAACCAAGUAUGAAUGAAUUAAUUCAGAGUGUUUUUGGUGAUCCAUACAUUACAUUAGAAUGUAAAUCAGGUGAAUGUUUGCAUAAAAGUGAAAUUCCUGGAUAUUCAACUCCUGAUAAUCCAAAAUUAACUUUGGGUAAUAUAUUUUCAAUUGUUGGUGUUUUGUUAAUUUGUAUCUUGGUAGUUUAUACAUUAUUAAGAAACAUUAGUGAUUCAGGUUUGUUUAAAAAAUCAAAUGAUUAUGAAAAUUUCGAAACUGAUCCAAAUAUUAUGAACCAAAAUUUUGAACCGACAACGUUAUCAUUUGAGAAUAUUGGUUAUAAAGUUGGUAAAAAUGAUGAUAAACGCUCAGUUUUAAGAAAUGUAUUUGGUUUGGUCAAACCAAGAGAAUGUUUGGCAAUUAUGGGUGGUUCUGGUGCUGGUAAAACUACAUUGUUGGAUAUUUUAGCGGGAAAGAAUAAAGAUGGUGAAAUCUCUGGAAAUAUUUACAUCAAUGGCAACUCAAUUGACGCAAAACAUUAUAAAUCUAUUGUUGGAUUUGUUGAUCAAGAAGACCAUUUAAUUCCAACCUUGACUGUUUACGAAACUGUUUUGAAUAGUGCUUUAUUAAGAUUGCCAAGAGAUAUGAGCUUUACACAAAAGCAAGCAAGAGUGAUUGAGGUUUUGAAUGAAUUGAGAAUUUUACAUAUUAAAGAUAGAGUUAUUGGCUCCAAUUUUAAACGUGGUAUAUCUGGUGGUGAAAAAAGAAGAGUUUCAAUUGCUUGUGAAUUAGUUACUUCACCUUCAAUAUUGUUUUUAGAUGAACCAACAUCUGGUUUAGAUUCUUAUAAUGCCAGAAAUGUGAUUGAAUCACUAGUUAAGUUAUCUAGAGAUUAUGAAAGAACAAUUGUGUUCACAAUUCAUCAACCAAGAAGUAAUAUAGUAUCAUUAUUUGAUAAAUUAAUUUUAUUAAGUGAUGGUGAUUUAAUUUAUUCUGGUGACAUGAUUAAAGCAAAUGACUUUUUUACGAAAAAUGGUUAUAAAUGCCCAUUGGGUUAUAAUAUAGCUGAUUAUUUGAUAGAUAUAACAGUGGAUCAUAAUAAAAUUGUUAAAGUUUCAGAUGCUGAUAGUGAAGUUGUCGCUGCGACCUCGAUUGAUUUGCAUGAAGCUAAUGUUCAUGAAGAUUUUGUUAAUCCAAAAGCAAGUCAGGAAGAUAUUACAAGAGAAUGGGAACAUUUUGCUGUACAUCGUGAUGAAUAUAAUGCUGAUAUUUUAGGGAGAAGGAAAUCAAAACAAACAGGUGAAUCAGAAACUAUACUAAGAUUAAGAAAUAAAUUACCAUCACUAUUUAUUGAAUCAUCAUUAGCUUUGGAGUUAAAAGAUGAAAUUAAUCAAGUCAAAGAAAAUCCAAAUAUUUUUGAUACAAAAUUACAUGAAAUUAAAAAAGCAACUUUUUUCAGUCAAUUUGUCAUUUUAUCAUCAAGAACUUUUAAAAAUUUAUAUAGAAAUCCAAGAUUAUUACUUGCUCAUUAUCUAUUAUCUUUAUUUGUUGGUUUGUUUUGUGGAUAUUUAUAUUAUAAUGUAUCUUAUGACAUUAGUGGGUUUCAAAAUAGACUUGGGUUGUUUUUCUUUUUGUUGGCAUUCUUUGGUUUUAGUUCUUUAACUGGUUUACAUUCAUUUGCAACUGAAAGAAUAAUAUUUAUUAGAGAAAGAGCAAAUAAUUAUUAUCAUCCAUUAAGUUAUUAUUUGAGUAAAAUAUUUUGUGAUGUUAUACCAUUAAGAGUUUUACCACCAAUUAUUUUGAUUAGUAUUGCUUAUCCUUUAGUUGGAUUAACAAUGGAACAUAAUGCAUUUAUAAAGACAGUUUUGGUGCUUGUAUUGUUCAACGUUGCUGUAUCAAUUGAAAUGUUAAUCGUUGGUAUUCUAAUUAAAGAACCUGGUACAUCAACAAUGAUUGGAGUUUUAUUAUUAUUGUUAUCAUUAUUAUUUGCAGGUUUAUUUAUCAAUAGUGAAGAUCUAAAUAUUCAAAUUAAAUGGUUACAAUGGAUAUCAGUAUUUCAUUAUGCCUAUGAAGCUUUAUCAAUUAAUGAAGUUAAGGAUUUAAUUUUGAAAGAAAAGAAAUAUGGUUUGUCGAUUGAAGUACCUGGUGCUGUAAUUUUAAGUACAUUUGGUUUCAAAGUUGGAGCAUUUUGGAAAGAUGUUUCAUUUUUAGGUGGAUUAUCAGUAAUAUUCCUUGUACUUGGUUAUAUUUUCUUACAUUAUUUUACAAUUGAGAAAAGGUGA